UGAUAUGUUGAAUGUUCAUAUUAUAUGUCAUACCCAUGAUGAUGUUGGAUGGAUUCAUACAGUUGAUGAAUACUAUAAUAUGUGGGUUCAUGAGAUAAUUACAUCUGCAGUAAAUGGCUUGAUGCAAAAUGAAAACAGAAAAUUCAUCUAUGUUGAAACUGCAUUUUUUUCCAAAUGGUGGGAACAGCAGACAGAAUUGACAAGAGAAUAUGUCAGACGACUUGUUAAUGAUGGUAGACUUGAAUUCAUUAGUGGUGGCUGGAGUAUGAAUGAUGAAGCAACAACACAUUAUCUAGGUAUUAUUGAUCAAAUGACUUUGGGCUUGAGGUGGCUCAAUGAAACUUUCGGAAUUUGUGGGAAACCUAGCGUUGGAUGGCAGAUUGACACCUUUGGUCACACUAGAGAGCAAGCUUCCUUAUUCGCACAGAUGAAAUUUGAUGGUGUUUUUCUUGGGCGAAUACAUUAUCAGGAUAAGUCAUGGAGAGAGAAUUCUAAAUUAUUAGAACUUGUGUGGAAAGCUAGUGAAAGCUUAGGUUCUGCCGCAAAUAUUUUUACCGGAGUUUUACCUAAUGUAUAUUGGCCCCCCAAAGGAUUUUGCUUUGAUGCAUUUUGUUCAGAUGAGGAUCUUACAGCUAAGAGCUAUGCUACUAAUCACAUUGUAAUGACAAUGGGUAUGGAUUUUCAUUAUAGAGAUUCUCUUUCUUGGUUCAAAAAUUUAGACUAUCUUAUCAGCUAUGUAAAUUCUCUACAAUCUGUUGGCAUGAAAGUUAAUAUGUUCUAUUCUACACCAUCAUGCUACUUAAAUAGUCUUCAUAACAGUAAUGUUACUUGGACCACCAUGAAAACUGAUUUCAUGCCAUAUGCUUCAAAGCAGCAUGAGUACUGGACGGGCUACUUCACUAGUCGCCCAGCACUAAAACUUCAAAUUCGAAAAUCAAAUGCUUUCUUUCAGGCCUGCAAACAAUUAGUAACUUUGGCUGAUGUAGAAAAUGCUAAUAUUUCCACAUUAUACAAAGCUCUUGGAGUUGUACAGCAUCAUGAUGGAAUUACAGGUACUGAAAAACAGCAUGUUUCAGAUGAUUACUCUAAAAUGCUUUCUGAAGGUUAUUCACAAUGCAAGGAAGCAGUAGGAAAAUCUAUUCGUCUAUUGUUGUCAAAUUCUACUAUAUUGCCUCGUCUUCAAUUUUGUGAUGAUCUAAACAUCAGCCAAUGUGUGUUCACUGAGAUUGAAAGCCAGUUUUUGGUAAUUGUGUUCAACUCCUUGGUUCAACCUGUGAAAACAUUUGUGAGAUUGCCUGUCACAGGAGAAGGAUACUUAAUAAGGCAAAUGAUGAGACGAAGAAGAUCUUUGCCUGCCCAAGUUUUGCCUAUUCCGCCUUCUGUAAUAAGCUUGCCAGAAAGAUCCAGCUUAGCAGUAAAUGAACUGAUAUUUCCUAUUACUAUUCCUCCGUUGGGAUUUUCUAUAUAUGGAGUUCAAAUGAUUCAAGAUUAUCAACCAGUCGGUGACAUAGAAAGUGGUCGUCUUUCCAUUACCAUACAAGAUGCUACAAUACAAAAUGAGGAGCUUAAAAUUAUCAUCGACGGCUAUUCUGGACUGUUAAAGGAAAUAAUUGUUUUAGAAACUGAUACCAGAAUUUCAAUUAAGCAGUCAUUUUAUUAUUAUGAAGGAAUGCCUGGCUACAGAAUUCAGAGAGCUUCUGGGGCAUAUGCCUUUAAUCCACAACAUGAUUAUGCAUAUCCUUUGGCUGAAAAUAUUACAUAUAGAGUGUUUAAGGGCCCUCUUGUAGAGGAAGUUCAUCAGUAUUAUGCCCCAUGGAUAAGUCAGAUUAUUCGGCUUUACAAAGGACAAAGUCACAUAGAAUUUGAUUGGGUUAUUGGACCAAUUCCAGUGCAAGAUCAUAUUGGAAGAGAAAUCAUUACCCGUUUUGACACAAGAAUGGAAAACAAUGGAAUAUUUUACACAGAUACAAACAGUAGAGAAACUAUGAAAAGAAUACGAAAUCACCAAGAAAAUUUUCCUUGGAAUAUUACUGAAAGAAUAGCUGGUAACUAUUAUCCAGUAACAUCCUGGAUUUAUAUUCGGGAUGAAUAUAAAGACUUGCAACUAUCUAUUUUACCUGAUAGGGCCCAAGGUGGCAGCAGUGUUGUGGAUGGUUCUAUUGAACUUAUGGUGCAUAGAAGACUUCUUUUUGAUGAUGGUUUUGGUGUAAGUGAAGCAUUAAAUGAACCUGGUUAUGACGGCCGAGGCUUGGUAGUAAGAGGUUCACACUAUUUAACUGUUGGAUCCAUUGAAAAAAUGACGGCUCUCAAUAAGCGUCUUGCAAAGUUGCGUUUUUAUAAUCCUGUAAUUUCUUUUGCAAGAAUGAAUUUUUCAAGUUUGUCCAGACAUUCUUUGAAUGAAUUUCGUGGUUUGAGAAGACGACUGCCUCAGAACAUUCAUGUAUUGACCCUCGAAAGAUUAGAUGACCAUAGGAUACUUUUACGAUUGGAACACUUCUAUGAGAAAUCAGAUGGAAACCGUAUGGCUGAACCAGUUACAGUUUCUCUUGCGAAUAUGUUUAGACCUUUUAGAAUAAUUUAUUACCAAGAAACUACUCUUGCAGCAAAUAAAUAUUUGUAUGAGGUAGAUAGAAUGGAGUGGCCAAUUCAGUCAGACGAAACAGAACGUGACUAUGAAUCUGAUCAACCUGAUGCUACUGUUAGUGAAGCAAAUAAUGUUUUAGAAACUGAAGGAGGUACCAUUAUUACAAGUGAUGGCGAAGAGGAUCAUUUACGAGUAGUUUUGAGCCCUAUGGAAAUACGAACUUUUAUUGUGAAAGUGGAUUAUGUUUCUCAUUCAUAAAACUUGUAUUAUGAUUUUUAUUGUUAUUGUUAUUAUUUUAUUUUUUAUUUAUUUUGUGUUUGUGUGUGUUACAUGACAUUUAAAAUGGCAUGAGCAUAAAUAUUUGUAAAUAUCAGGGACAGAAUCAAGAAUUGCAUCACAUUACAUUUUAUGUCAUUGAUAUUGUUGUGACGUUUUAGCCACAAAGUAUUUUAAUUUACUUUUAUUUGUAUAUUGAAUUAAUUUAAGUUAGAUGUU